UUCUUCCCUUUGGAAUAUUGUGGUAUUAAACAGAGACGCCAAACAUUCCUGUUUUAAAAGGGUUCCGGUCAAGAAAUUUACUUGACCACCCAAUAACCCCGUGAUUGCAUUCCUAUUUUCCACUCUCACUGCCCCAAAUGUCAUUGUCUCGAUCUUCCUCGACUACAAACCCCUACGUUUUAGCCCGAGUGUGAGUAGAUGUCUGCAUUAUUUUGAAGGUGUGGAAGCAAACAAAAAGCUUAACUGUGGUGGAAAAGAAAUCUGAUUGGAGCAUCUGUCACAGCCGCCCCAGCGAUGAAGUCUGCGUUUGAUUAAUUCCUGCCAGUUUUAUGUUGGUUUGGGUUGGGUGAGCGUGCGGUGUAAAGGUCACCGUCGGUUCAGUUGGUUGUCGUGGCGGAGAUGUUGGGGCGGACGGCUUUGCGGCUGUUGCAGGCCCGCUGCGGAGCGUGGCGGUGCCCGGGCCAGAGCGGCAGCCGGCGGCGGCGCGGUGCAGCCACGCUCUCGGUCACGCCGCAGCAGAGCCUGGCGGACGAGCCGGUGUGCAUCCGUGCGGCGGGGCUGUCGCCGCACCAGGAGGUCACGCUGCGAGCCCUGGUGCACACCGAGAGCGAGCAGAUGUUCGACUCUAGCGCCCAGUACCGCGCCGACGAUCGCGGCCUGCUGGACGUCAGCCGCUCCCCCUCUUUGGGCGGCGACUACCUGGGCGUGGUGCCCAUGGGGCUCUUGUGGACCCUUUCUCCCGCUAGUAUGGAGAUGCCCUAUCAGAAGUUAAGGCCCUGCACCAAUCUGACUGGCAGGCCCCUGCGAGUCGACCUGUCCUUGCACUCGGGCCACACGCAGGCCGGAAUGAUCCCUGGGCAGGUCCUGGCCAAGCAGGCUGUCGACAGGUGGUACAGCAAACCCGGAGUCCGCUGGAUUAGGUUAAGGGAAGGCAGGAUAAGAGGCAGUUUGUUUCUGCCUCCAGGGGAUGGUCCUUUUCCUGGAGUGAUAGACCUGUUCGGCGAUGAAGGCGGUUUGACUGAAUUCCGUGCCUGUCUUCUUGCAAGUCGAGGCUUUGCUGCCCUUGCUCUUCCCUACUUUGGGUUUGAGGAUCUACCAAAGACCCUGGUAGAUUUUCAUCUAGAAUAUUUUGAAGAGGCUGCAGAAUAUUUAUGGAAGCAUCCUAAGGUGAAAGGCUCUGGUAUUGGAGUAAUAGGUUCUUCGAAAGGUGCGGAUUUGGCUCUAUCAAUGAUCACGUUUAUACCAAAAGUGAUGGCAUCUGUUUGUAUCUCUGGCUGCAAUGCAAACACUUUAACUGAUCUGCAUUACAAAGAUGUGUAUCUCUCCUGUGUGACUCACAAUUUAGAUGAAAUCAUUCGUUUGGACUCAGGAGUUCUAGAUCUGUCUGGUACAUUUAAUGACCCCAAUGAAAAUCAAAAGAGCAUCAUCCCAUUAGAAAAAGCUGAAGGACACAUCCUGUUUGUGGUAGGAGAAGAUGACAAGAUAUUGAACAGCAAAUUCUUCGCUGAGGAAGCGAUAAAAAGACUGAAUACACAUGGGAAAAAUAACUACAAACUCCUGAGUUACCCAGGAACUGGGCAUCAUAUUGAACCUCCAUGUUCUCCAUAUUGUUUUGCGGUGAUUGACCGCUUCCUUGGGCAUCCAGUACUGACAGGAGGAGAACCAAUACAGCACUGCUACGCCCAAGAAGAUUCCUGGCAAAAGAUUCAAGAGUUCUUGCAUUUACAUUUAUGAUGAAAUGAGCUACAGAUUUAAGAAGAUCCUUUUUAUAAACUUUUAAGUGUUACUGAUCUAAGAAAUUCUUCAGUAUUUCAUGCAAAAAAAACUGUACAGAGUGCAAUCCAAGAACAUCUGAAAUUCUUAUUAUGAGCUACUAAUUACAUUACUGUUGGAAUAUUUUUUGUUCAUAAUUACUUCAUUAAGCAUUCUGUUAAAGCAGUGCUGUCAAUAAGUAUUUCAUCAAUACCAUCCAGUAAUGUAGAGAUUAAAUUCACCUUUGCACGAAGACUUGAAAGCCGUUGAUUGUAGUUGUUUGUUGCAUUUUAUCUUCAUGGUGACCAAUUUAGUUUUAUUUCACCACAAUUGAUCUUUUCUUCCUUUGUUUCUAAAGAUUGUAACACAGGUUAGGUUUAAAGUGAUAAUUUCAAAAUUAAUAAUCAUUUUAUACAACUCCAAACUUCUUUAAAAACACAAAAUGCUGGCAGAACUCAGCAGGCCAGACAGCAUCUAUGGGAGGAGGUAGUGACAACAUUUCAGGUCAAAACCCCUCAUCCUCCCAUAGAUGCUGUCUGGCCUGCUGAGCUCUGCCAGCAUUUUGUGUUUUUAUUUAUUUCCAGCAUCUGCAGAUUCACUCGUGUUGCCUCCAAACUUCUUUGUUGAUCGAAUCUUGCCUGUACUUUUUCUCUUUUUCUCUCUCUCUCUCUCUCUCUCUCUCUCUCUCUCUCUCUCUCUCUCUCUCUCUCUCUCUCUCUCUCUCUCUCUCUCACUCUCACUCUCACUCUCAC